CGUAGAAGAAUACACGCAAAAGGCACGCGAUCGUGAUCGAGAAGAAAAAGAGAGAGUACAGGAGAAUGAAGAAAGAAAACGAAAAGGUCAAAUGCCAAUACAACGAUCACGAAAACGAGAAGAAAUCGCAAAACCAACACAAGAUCUUCAAGCAAGAAAAGAUGAUUUGCAAAUAACCAAAAAUCAAGGAAAAACCUUGAUGGUAGAAAAUGAACCCGGAAAAAGGAAAGGACCAGGAUUUUAUUGUGAUUUGUGUAAUCGAACAUUCAAGGAUAGCAUUGCUUAUUUGGAUCAUGUUAAUGGAAGGUUGCAUUUGCGGAAACUUGGACAGACAACACAAGUUGAACGUUCUACAUUGGAGGAGGUACGCGAAAGGUUAGAGUACUGGAAAGAGGAAUUUCAGUCUCGUAAAACAAGAUCGAAUGAAUACGAUUUCGAGAAACGAUUAGCAGAAUUGGCCGAACAACAGAAAAGAGAAAAAGAAGAAAGGAAGCAAAAGCGAAAAUUAGAGAAAGAGGCAAGAAGGGCAGGGGCAAGCAAGAGCGAUGCAAUGCUACAAGACGGCGUAAUUGCAUCGGAUGCAGAUUCAGAUGCAAUGGCAAUGAUGGGCUUUGCCAGCUUCGGUACCAGCAAGAAGCGGUAACAGCAACGAUUAUGGAUGAGUGUAAUUUUAGUGUACUAAUAUUGUAUCUGUGAAUGUGGUUAUGUGAUGCGAUGAUAUUGAAUUUUAAAAAUACUG